GUGCUGUGCUGGGGCUGCCUGCGCUCUGUUUCAAAGAUGCUUUCCCGCAGAAAGCAAGUCCCAGCCAGCUCGGAGGGCUCCAGCCUUCGCCGCUGCCUCUCCACCGUGGACCUCGUCGCCUUGGGAGUGGGCAGCACGCUAGGGGCUGGCGUCUACGUCCUGGCAGGGGAAGUGGCUAAGACCAGCUCUGGCCCAAGCAUCAUCCUUGCUUUCCUGAUUGCAGCCGUGGUGUCUGCUCUGGCAGGGCUGGUCUAUGCUGAAUCCGGGCCCCGUGUGCCCCUGGCCGGGUCCGCCUAUCUCUACAGCUACGUGACAGUGGGCGAGCUGUGGGCGUUCAUCGCUGGGUGGAAUCUGCUGCUGUCCUAUGUCAUCGGUACCGCCAGCGUUGCCCGGGCCUGGAGCGCUACCUUUGACCAGCUCCUCGGCAAGAAGAUGGGGAAGUUUUUGGGUGCUCACGCAGCCAUGAGCUCUGUGGGGCUGGCAGAGCACCCCGAUGCCUUUGCUGCUGGCCUGGUGGUCCUGCUAGCAGGGCUUCUUUCCUUUGGAGUGAAGGAGUCCACCACAGUCAACAAAGCCUUCACAGCUCUCAACGUGCUUGUACUGCUCUUCGUCACAGUGAGUGGCUUCAUCAAAGGUGACCUGAGCAACUGGAAGCUUGGGGAGGAUGACCUGAAUCAGUCCGAGGAUGAAAACAUGACCAGUGCCUUUGGGGUGGGAGGCUUCAUGCCCUAUGGUUUCACCGGGACCUUGGCUGGAGCCUCUACCUGUUUCUAUGCCUUUGUUGGAUUUGACUGCAUCGCUACCAUGGGGGAAGAAGUGAGGGACCCGCAGAGAUCCAUCCCCAUAGGCAUUGUCCUCUCCCUCCUCAUCUGCUUCCUCGCGUACUUUGGGGUGUCUGCUUCCCUCACCCUGAUGAUGCCCUACUACCUCCUGGACGCCAUGAGCCCGCUCCCAGCGGCUUUUGAAUAUGUUGGCUGGGGCAGCGCAAAGCAUGCUGUGGCUGUGGGGUCACUCUGCGCCCUGACGACCAGCCUCCUGGGCUCCAUGUUCCCCAUGCCACGGAUCCUGUAUGCAAUGGCUCGAGAUGGGCUCCUCUUCAAACCUCUGGCCAAAGUUAGUCGCCGUCAGUGCCCAGUGGUGGCAACGCUGGUGUCUGGAGGAGUGGCAGCUCUCCUGGCCCUCCUCUUUGACCUGAAAGCCCUGGUUGACAUGAUGUCCAUUGGCACGCUGCUGGCCUACUCGCUGGUGGGUGGCUGUGUGCUGCUGCUCAGGUGA